GAUAGUCGUUGCCUUUCCCGGCGUUGUUUGGAGGUGGGGGGUAGUGGAGGCGGGAGUGAAGUCUCGCGAGAAGAGGCUGUAGCCGUAGCGGAGCCGUGUGGUUGUGUGUGUCUGAGGAUCCGCCACUGGAACUGCGGACGGUUUGCUAAGCCCGUUAGUUCCCUGGGCCGAGACUCGCCCCACGCCGUCAUGUCCCGCUACCUGCGCCCCCCAAACACGUCUCUGUUCGUCCGGAACGUGGCGGACGACACCAGGUCUGAAGAUUUACGACGUGAAUUUGGUCGUUAUGGUCCUAUAGUUGAUGUGUAUGUUCCACUUGAUUUCUACACACGCCGUCCAAGAGGAUUUGCUUAUGUUCAAUUUGAGGAUGUUCGUGAUGCUGAAGAUGCUUUGCAUAAUUUGGACAGAAAAUGGAUUUGUGGACGUCAAAUUGAAAUACAGUUUGCACAGGGAGAUCGGAAGACACCAAAUCAGAUGAAAGCCAAGGAAGGAAGAAAUGUGUACAGUUCUUCACGCUAUGAUGAUUAUGACAGAUAUAGACGUUCUAGAAGCCGAAGUAGAUUCAAACACCGAAAUCGAUCUUUUUCAAGAUCUAAAUCCAAUUCAAGAUCACGGUCCAAGUCCCAGCCCAAGAAAGAAAUGAAGGCUAAAUCACGUUCUAGACCAAACUGCAGCUGGAAUACCCAGUACAGUUCUGCUUACUACACUUCAAGAAAGAUCUGAAAGCGGAUAAAGAACCAAAGAAGGGCAGUUCA